AUGGAGACUCCAUCAUCCGGCACGGUCACUCCAGACGAUGUGGAAAAUGGGGUUGGGAAUAUUCAAAAGCGUCUAACAGUGACUUUCCGUGACCUCAAUGUUAGAGUAACGGCACCCGAUGCCGCACUCGGAAGCACACUGUGGUCAGAUAUCGAUCCUCGUCAGCUUGGCGGCUUGUUCCAUCGAACCAAAAUGGCGAAAAGGACAAUUCUGAAAGAUGUGUCUGGUCAAGUGAAACCAGGAGAGAUGCUCCUCGUCCUCGGGCGGCCCGGAUCAGGCUGCACUUCGCUUCUGCGGGUUUUGUCUAAUGAUCGAGAUACUUUUGAUGAAGUUAUCGGUGACACUCGUUACGGAAGCAUGGAUCACAUAGCUGCAAAAAGGUUCCGCCAGCAAAUCAUGUUCAACAACGAAGAUGAUCUCCACUUUCCUACCCUUACUGUGAACCGAACUAUGAAGUUUGCCCUCCGAAACAAAAUUCCCAAUGAGCGGCCAGAGGAGGUAGCAGAUCCCAAUCAUUACGUGCUGGAGAAGCGAAACGAAAUUCUCGACUCCUUGGGAAUCGGACACACAAAGAAGACCAAGGUUGGAAAUGAAUUUAUUCGCGGUGUUUCUGGAGGUGAACGGAAGCGUGUUUCUUUGGCCGAGGUCCUGGCUGGACAGAGCCCGGUUCAAAUGUGGGACAAUCCCACACGUGGAUUGGAUUCGAAAGCCGCGUUGGAGUUUGCUCGCAUGCUUCGACGUGAGGCAGAUCAAAACGAAAAGACCAUCGUUACGACAACUUACCAAGCAGGCAAUGGCAUCUACGACCAAUUCGACAAGGUUCUUGUUCUGGCUGAGGGCAAGGUGACGUACUACGGCCCUCGUAGUAUGGCAAAGGGUUAUUUUGAGUCGCUGGGUUUCAUCUGUCCCAAAGGUGCCAACGUUGCGGACUAUCUCACUUCGGUCACUGUCCUCACCGAGAGGAUCGUUCGCCCAGGAUGGGAAGAAAAAGUCCCCAACACCCCUGAGGAGUUCGAAGCUCUCUAUCAUGGAAGCCCUGUCUAUACCACUCAAAUGGAUGCCAUGGAAUUACCGGAGAAGUUAUCUCACGAAACGGAUGAUCUGAAGAUCGCCGUGGCAGCCGAAAAGAGAAAGCAACAUCUUCCUCGUGCGCAAAGUGUUUACACAGCUGGACUCUGGAAACAGGUUGCCUCCUGCACUGUUCGCCAGUUCCAAAUCAUGUGGGGUGACAAGUUUUCACUGAUUGUCAAGGUAGCUUCCGCGAUUAUCCAGGCUCUGGUAUGUGGAUCGCUCUUUUACAACCUCCCGGAUGACAGCUCCUCGAUUUUCUUGCGCCCGGGAGUUCUUUUCUUCCCCGUCCUCUACUUCCUGCUCGAGUCAAUGUCCGAAACCACUGCAUCGUUCAUGGGGCGGCCCAUUCUGUCUCGUCAGAAGCGAUUUGGGUUUUACCGACCGACAGCAUUCUGCAUUGCCAACGCGAUUACAGAUGUUCCUGUUGUAAUGAUUCAAGUGACCAGCUUUUCUCUAAUACUGUACUUCAUGGCGACUUUGCAGAUGGACGCCGGUCGGUUUUUCACAUUCUGGAUCAUCAUCAUUAUUCAAACGCUUUGCUUCAUUCAGCUUUUCCGGACCGUUGGGGCCGUUUGCAAAACGUUUGGAAAUGCCUCCAAAAUAUCCGGCCUUCUUUCUACUAUAUUCUUUGUCUACGGAGGUUACCUGAUCCCCUUCCACAAAAUGCACGUGUGGUUCCGUUGGAUUUUCUACCUGAAUCCCGGAGCAUACGCUUUCGAAGCUCUUAUGGCAAAUGAAUUUGUUGGACGUGAAUUCAAAUGCAUCGAGCCCGACUACAUUCCUUACGGUGAAGGCUAUCCAAGCUCUGCAUCUCCAUACCGAGGGUGUUCUGUUCUUGGGAGCAACGAAGAUGGAAUUAUUGAUGGCGCGGCUUACAUACGGGAACAGUACAGUUACUCUUACCAUCACAUCUGGCGCAGCUUCGGUAUUAUUGCUGGAUUGUGGAUAUUCUUUAUCGGCUUGACUUCACUCGGCUUUGAGCUACGAAACAGCCAGGCCGGCUCUUCUGUCCUACUUUACAAGCGCGGCGGGAAGGCCAAGCGUCAAAAUGAUAAAGAAAAGGCAGUGAGCCAAAGCACUACGGAGUUGGGUCUGCUUUCGGGCUCAGUCAAGCAUUCAACGUUUACCUGGAACAAUCUUGAUUAUGUUGUACCGUUCAAUGGAGAAAAAAAGCAGCUUCUCGAUAAAGUCUUUGGCUUUGUAAAGCCGGGAUGUCUGGUUGCUCUGAUGGGAGCUUCGGGCGCGGGGAAAACGACACUGCUGGAUGUUCUGGCCCAGCGAAAGGAUGCUGGCGAAAUAAUCGGAUCCAUCCUCAUCGAUGGACGGCCGCAAGGUAUAAGCUUCCAGCGUACAACUGGUUAUUGUGAGCAGGUCGACGUGCACGAGUCGACCGCAACCGUCAGAGAAGCACUCGUUUUCUCCGCCCUGCUCCGUCAACCUUCGCAUGUCUCGGAAGAACAGAAGAUUGACUACGUUGACCAUAUCAUCAAUCUACUGGAGCUUGGUGAUAUCAGUGACGCCCUCAUUGGAGUCCCUGGAGCAGGCCUCAGUAUUGAGCAACGGAAGCGUGUGACCCUGGGUGUUGAGCUUGUGGCGAAGCCUACUCUGCUUUUUCUGGAUGAGCCAACCUCAGGCCUCGACGGACAGAGUGCAUACAAUAUUGUUAGAUUUUUGAGAAAGCUUGUGGAUGGUGGACAAGCCAUUCUGUGUACGAUUCAUCAACCUUCUGCUGUUUUGUUCGAUUCAUUUGAUGGUCUUCUCUUGCUCGCCAAGGGCGGCAAGAUGACAUACUUUGGAGAAACCGGAAAAGAUUCAAGCAAAAUUCUGGGAUACUUCGAACGAAAUGGUGCUCCCUGCCCAGCGGACGCGAACCCAGCUGAACAUAUUAUCGAUGUGGUUCAAGGUGCUGCGAUUGAAAAGGUCGACUGGGUUGAUGUUUGGCAGAAUUCUGAUGAGCGCAGAAUUGCGCUUCAGGAGCUGGAAGCUCUCAAUGAGUCUGGUCGAGCCGAUCCUAAUUACGUGGAGGACACUGCGGAUUACGCCACCUCGCACUGGUUUCAGUUCACGAUGGUCACCAAACGCCUCACUGUUCAAAUUUGGAGAUCACCGGAUUACAUGUGGAAUAAGAUCAUUCUUCACAUCUUCGCGGCAUUGUUCAGCGGAUUCACAUUCUGGAAGAUUGGCGAUGGCACUUUUUCUCUCCAGUUACGACUCUUUGCUAUCUUCAAUUUCAUUUUCGUUGCUCCGGGCUGUAUCAAUCAGAUGCAGCCUUUCUUCUUGCAUAAUCGAGAUAUCUUCGAGACUCGCGAAAAGAAGUCCAAAACCUAUCAUUGGAUUGCUUUUAUCGGAGCUCAAACAGUCAGCGAGAUCCCAUACCUGAUCAUCUGCGCCACCCUUUACUUCUUGUGCUUCUACUUCACAGCGGGCUUCCAAAGCCUCCCCAGCAUUUCCGGUCAUUUCUAUCUCCAAAUGAUAUUCUAUGAGUUUUUGUACACGUCCAUUGGUCAGGCCAUUGCAGCAUAUGCACCAAACGAGUAUUUCGCUGCUGUCAUGAAUCCUGUCUUGAUCGGAGCUGGCUUGAUCAGUUUCUGUGGUGUGGUUGUUCCAUACAGUCAAAUGCAAGCAUUCUGGCGCUACUGGAUUUAUUAUCUCGACCCUUUUACCUAUCUCGUUGGGGGCUUGCUUGGAGAAGUCCUUUGGGAUGUCAAAGUCCAAUGCGAGCCAUCCGAAUACGUCCAAUUCAGUGCACCCUCUGGACAGACCUGCGGGGCAUACAUGGCAGAUUUCCUCGCAUCUCAGGCUGGUUAUCUGCUAGAUUCAGAUGCCACAGGAACAUGCUCUUUCUGCCAGUACUCCCAGGGUGCUGACUACGCCAAGUCCUUUAACUUACGUGAAAAGUAUUACUCAUGGAGAGAUACUGGUAUUACGGCACUCUUUUGCAUCUCGUCAUACGCCUUGGUUUUCCUAAUGAUGAAACUUCGCAGCAAGAAGACCAAGAGCGCUCGGUCUGAAUAA